GCACAUGGUGGAAUGACGUGAAAUGUCACGUCUAGGCCUGUUUUUCCAAAGCUUCUCGUUUCAAAUAAAUAGUGACAACUAACCAUCGCAAGACGAAUAAGCCACCCUUCUCAAGACAUUUAAUUAGUUUUGCUGCCAGUUGAAACCAUAAUGGAAGGGGUGGAAAAUAAGAAUGAGUUAGGUUCCAAUGGGAAUCAUGAUGAAACUGAUGUUAAAUUUAAACAGCCUGGCGCAAAUCCUGAUUUUCCUAGCUUUGCCAUUUUACCUGUUGAUCGUGACUCAGAAGCAUACAACAUGAACCACGCUAAAAGGGGAAAAGCCUACAUCUUCAAUCAUGAAAAUUUCAAUCCCAACCUUGAUUUGAAAACACGUGCCGGAACUUCCAAAGAUAGAGAUAACUUGUAUGUGAAGCUGAGAGAACUGGAUUUUGAUGUCACUUAUUUCAAUGAUCUCACAUUCAAUGAACUUAAUACGGAAAUUGUGAAAUUGGCAAACGAGGAUCACUCGGAUCAUGACUGUGUUCUUGUUGCCUUGAUGUCCCACGGCGACGAUGGCAUAUUAUAUGCCAAAGACCAACAAUAUAAGCCUGAAAAGUUAUGGUCACAUUUUACAUCAGACCAGUGCCCUACCUUGGCUGGAAAGCCUAAAUUGUUCUUCAUUCAGGCUUGUCAGGGUGAUAGAUUGGAUGCUGGUACAACAAUGCUGCCCAGAAUCACGGAAACAGACUCACCCAGCGCAGUGGCUUAUAAAAUACCCACUCACGCCGACUUCCUUAUCGCCUAUUCAACGGUUCCCGGUUUCUAUUCCUGGCGCAAUACAACAAAUGGUUCUUGGUUUGUCCAAGCCUUAUGCUACGUGCUUUCUGAGCGAGGUAGAGAUGACGACCUACUCUCGCUAAUGACGACUGUUUCUCGAAUAGUCUCUAUUGGAUUCGAAUCUAAUACGCCUCAAGAUUCCAACAUGCACCAGCGCAAGCAAAUUCCGUGCGUUACCAGUCUUCUAACUCGGAAGAUUUAUUUCAAGCGCAAAACGACUCGCCGUAUUUGAAAACUACGCACAUUGCCUUUCAAAAUGCCUAUCAAGUCUGAACGAAUCACAUGGAUCAUAUUCUUUCAUUCCUUCAAGUAAUCGUUAGAUGACAUUUACUUUUGCUCACUUUUCUAUUACAAAGUGCUGAAUGUAUCAACUCAAUGCGGAGGCCGUAUACACGGGCAGACAAUUUCGAUGUGUA